AUGAGCACAUCCAGCAUGAGCACAUCCAGCAAGUGCAGGAAUCUCAGAAUCAUCAUUGUAGGCGCUGGAAUUGCCGGAGUCACUGCCGCUGCCUCCCUUCGCCAAGCAGGAUUCUCUGUUCAGUUACUCGAGAAGUCCGCAUUUGCAAAAGAGGUCGGUGCAGCAAUUAACAUCACCCCAAAUGGAGCACGCGCCUUACAGGCCCUGGGCUUCGACUUCCAGCGUGCACUCGCUUAUAGAGUUACUGGGUAUGAGUUUUUGCAUGGCGAAACCUUCGAAAAGCUGAACAUCGUCCAUGACACCCCUAGGGUUGAACCAGGGACAUGGGCAGUUCACCGCGCUGAUUUGCAUGCCGAAUUAAUGCGAUUGGCCUGUGAAAGUCAUGAUCAAACGCUGGAGGACGAAUGGGGCCCACCAGUGGAGCUGCGCCUUGCAUCGAGAGUUCGCAGUGUUGCUUCUGGACACGAUUGUAGCACAGUCACACUGGAAGAUGGAGCGACACUAAUUGCAGACCUCAUAAUUGGUGCAGACGGUGGCACCUCUGCCGUGCGGGAUUACGUUUUGAAAAACUGCGCCAAAGAUCUGAAGCAGACCCACUCGGGUAUGGCGGCUUUUCGAUAUCUGAUUGAAAUGGAAAAGUUGAAAGCAGACAAGGAUCUGGCAGGAUGGUUGGGGAGAACAGAGGGUGCAGUCACCUUGUUUGCUGACAUGGCCGAGACUACCACCGAGAAACACAUCAUAUCAUAUAGGUGUCACGGAAACGAACUUCAAAACUUUGUUGGAAUCCAUGCAUCCACAACCGACUUCAUUGAAGAGCAUGACGGUUUGAAAGACGUCAUGAUGCAAGAGUAUAGCCACUUUCACCCUAAAAUAAUGAACAUGAUCAGCAUGGCUUCGCAUCUUAAGCGCUGGCCUUUGUACAUCCACGAACCUAUAUCGACAUGGGUUCGUGAGGGAAUAGUUCUUAUUGGCGAUGCUGUACACCCGAUGUUGCCUUUCUCGGCACAAGGCGCAAAUCAAGCCAUCGAAGAUGGCAUCGCGCUUGGCCUUGUACUUGGUGACAAUGACGAGAAUGAUGUUAGAGUCUCACUACUCAAGUUUCAGGAGCUUCGAAAGAACAGAGUGGCCCGAGUUCAGAUCUUGUCAAGUGUUCGAGUCGGCCGAGAACUGGAGGUCCAAGAGAAACUAUCCAACUACCUAGACCCCGGCAUGGAAAGGCCACCAAUGACGAAUAAGGAGCGAUGCAUGCAUGACUGGAAUUAUGAUAUCGUCAGGGAGACUAAAAAGCUUUCGAGUUUUUAA